CUCCUUUCCACCUGGGGCAACAACUUCACGCGGAACACAUCCAAUGCCUUCGCAGAGCUGCGACUGAAAGACUACAUCCGACUUGUCAUCAUAAUAGGUGCAUACUGCCUCCUUAGGCCCUACAUCAUCAAGCUCGGCGCGAAGCUGCAGACGAAAGCACACGAGAAGGACUCAGCAGACCACGGAGAGAUUCAUCCCAACGAAUUGAGAGGAAAGGUCGAGAUACCGGGACUUGAAGACAGCGAUGAGGAAGAUGAGGGAUACGAACCCAAGCCUGGAGAAUGGGGGAGGAAUGCUAGGGUACGGCAACGGAAGUUCAUCAGGGAUGCUCUGGCGAAGGAGGAGCAGAGACUCAGGGAGGAAGCGGAGGCUGAAGAUGAUAAGGAUAUUGAAGAGUUUUUGGUGGACUAGAUGCCUCGUGUUUAACGGUUAUUCUUGGACACAUGCGAAUGGAACAGUAUUCAUUCCACAAGCUUCGCGAACUUUUUCCUAAACGGGCCAAUUUUGCUGGAACGGCAGUCACUUAAUGUUGUGGUUGAGGAAUCUGGCGACGCAACAUCGAACAAUAUCCCCAUGCUAUUCGAGAAAGAUGAAUUAUUCUAACGAAGGGUGGAUCAUUUUAUGCCAUUGUGUCUCUUUAGUCUUGCAUGAUGUCUCAAUGGUCUUUCAUUUUGAACUUUCGCAUGCAGUCUCUUCAUCUCUACCACUCCUUCCAAUAUCGCGUUCUCUCCAUCGAAUUUGGCAAGCACACCAUCUGACAACACGCCUUCGUUCUCGCAUUUGUAUAAACUUUCAAUCCCGUAUCUCCACACCCCCUUUGUAUCAUAUCUCUCUGUGGCUUCCACCAUGGCACGUACCCAUCUCUUGUAUUCAUUAUGCAUC